CCUGUGGACGCAAAGAUUUAUAUAGACAUACCUUCUGUUAAAGAACUUCGAUCUUAUUAUCUGGAAGAUAAACUGAUUAUAGAGGCGAACGUAUUAUUAAAUGAAAUGGCUGUUUUCUUAACUAGUGCAGCAAAAGAAAAACCGGAAUUCAAAUAUUGUUUGGAGCUGGUUGAGCAUAUAAAUUUAAUUGGAAGCGUCCCAAUUCGCAACACUGGAACCAUAGCUGGAAAUCUGAGUAUAAAAAAUGAACACAAGGAGUUUCCGUCCGAUUUAUAUCUUAUUUUAGAAGCCAUUGGAACGAAGAUCACAAUUGCUGAAUCCAUGGAAAGAACCAUUAUAGUCAGCCCUGAAGAGUAUGUUAAUAUCAACAUGAGGAACAAGCUCAUAGUGAAUAUCAUCCUACCUCCAAAGGAUCCGAAAACGCAUUUAGUUCGAUCAUUUAAAAUCAUAUCAAGGGCACAAAACUGUAAGGCCUAUGUUAAUAGCAGUUUUGUAAUCGAGUUGAAUGCAGAACGAACCCAUAUAGAAUCAGCUAUUAUAUGUUUCGGUGUAAUCAACCCAAACUUCACGCAUGCCACCGAGACGGAAAAGUUCCUCACAGGCUCGGAUAUUUUAACAAACAACAAUCUUCAAACAUGCCUUCAAAUUCUUUCCAACGAACUAAAACCAAUCUGGACUUUACUAGAUGCAUCUCCAGAAUAUCGUAAAAAUCUUGCAAUUGCACUUUUCUACAAAUUCGUAUUGAGCUUCGCUGCCGAAUGUAACACUACCCUUAGAUCGGCAUACAAAUCAGGAGGUUACAAAAUUCAUCGUCCGAUUUCAACAGCAAGCCAAGAAUUUGAUACCCACCAGAAAAGGUGGCCUCUUACCAGAUGUAUCCGGAAGAUUGAAGCCCUAGCGCAAACAUCCGGAGAAGCGAAGUUCAUUAAUGAUUUGCCAAGAAUGCCUAACGAACUCUAUGCAGCUUUCGUAUUGGCAACUGAAGUUCAUGCGGAUAUCCAAAAUAUUGACGCCACUGAAGCUUUGAACCUUCCUGGUGUGAUCGCAUUCUAUUCGGUCAAAGAUAUUCCUGGUCAGAAUGAUUUUAUGCCCUUCAGAGACCUUGAACCGGAACCAGAAGAAAUAUUUUGCAGUCGAAAAGUGCUGUACCAUGGUCAACCUGUGGGAAUCGUAGUUGCAGAAACAUUCACACUAGCUGAUCAAGCUUCCAAGUCGGUAAAAAUAGCCUACAUCCACACCCGUGAACCUAUACUUCCUACGGUAAGGGAAGUUGUUGGAUCCGACUGUAAAAGUGUUCGUAUCAUUGAUACCAACCAUGGUUUCACGGGUGGGAAAUAUAAUGAGAGCACAGAAGGUCCAGUAUCUCUUAGUGGAAAACUUGAACUGGGAGGACAGUACCACUUCAGUAUGGAAACACAGACCUGCAUUUGUGUCCCGAUAGAGGAUGGCAUGGAUAUUUAUUCGUCUACUCAAUGGGUUGACCUGGUACAAGUACCCGUUGCCCGGAUGCUAAAUAUUCCUGAGAGCACUCUGAAUCUACAAGUGCGACGACUCGGAGGAUCGUACGGGGGCAAGGCUAGUAGAUCAUCAUUGAUCGCAUGUUCAUGUGCACUAGCAGCUCACUUAACUAGACGACCAGUGAGAUUCAUUAUGUCUCUAGAAGCGAACAUGUCAGUCAUCGGAAAGCGUUAUGGAUUAAUUAGCGAAUACGACAUUAGUGUUAGCAGUGAAGGAAAAAUACAAAGGCUUCACAACCGUUUUGCACACGAUUCAGGGUCUUCCUACAACGAAACACCUUUCUACAUUAACAACUCAUAUCCGAAUUGCUAUACUGACGAAAAGUGGAAAAUAGAAGCAUUCAAUGCGCUGACAGACAGCGCUAGCAACACGUGGUGUCGUGCCCCCGGUUCAACCGAAGCAAUAGCAAUGAUUGAAACAAUAAUGGAACAUAUAGCACAUGCAACAGGCCGAGAUCCAGUAGACAUACGAAUGAACAACAUGGCUGAGGGAUCGAAAAUGCUCGAGUUACUUCCUCAGUUUCGUCUUGAUGUGAGGUACGACAAUCGCAAACAAGAAAUCAAACAAUUCAACGAUAAGAACCGGUGGAAAAAACGAGGCAUUUUGAUCGUUCCCAUGAGAUAUCCAGUUGGGUACUUAGGAGUUCUUCAUGCUUUAAUUUCUAUAUAUAACGGAGAUGGUUCUGUAUCAAUAGCUCAUGGUGGAAUUGAAAUGGGCCAAGGUUUGAAUACGAAAGUCGCUCAAGUGGCUGCUCAUGUUCUAGGGAUUCCGAUGGAACUCGUUAGCAUCAAAUCCGCCAACAAUCUAAUUUCUCCGAACGCGGUCUGUACGGAGGCUAGUUUCACCAGUGAGGCUGUGUGCUAUGCCGUCAAAAAAGCAUGUGAAAUAUUACUUCGAAGAAUGGAACCUCUCCGCGAAAAGUAUAAUUAUGACUCUUGGCCAUCAUUGAUUUCAGAAGCAUACAAAGAAAACAUUAAUCUUUGCGCUUCCUACAUGUAUCAAUGAAUUACAGCCCUACGUAGUCUAGGGCCUCAGCUGUGUAGAAGUCGAAGUUGAUAUUCUUACAGGUAACGUUCAAAUCAACCGCGUGGACAUACUCGAGGAUACCGGUGAGAGCCUCAGUCCUGGCAUUGAUAUAGGGCAAAUUGAGGGCGCCUUUGUUAUGGGACUGGGCUACUAUCUAACUGAAGAGUUAAUAUACGAUCCUCAAACCGGCGCACUACUGACCAACAGGACGUGAAACUAUAAGCCACCGAGUUCGAAGGAUAUUCCAGUGGACAUGCGUGUUCGGCUUCUCCAGAAUAGUUCCAACCCCAGUGGAGUCCUCAGAUCCAAAACCACCGGUGAACCGGCAAUCGUUAUGAGUGUGGCAGUAAUCUUUGCCAUUCGUCAUGCUCUAAUGCCAGCGCGAAGGGACUGGAUUGAACUCGGUGCACCGACCACACCGGAACGUAUAUUUCAACUGGCUGGCAACAGCUUGGAUCAAUUUAAGCUGACUUGAAGAUUUUAUUGAUAGAGAUUAUUUUCUGAAACUUGGUAUUAAUAACAGCAGA